AUGAGCUUGCAGAUGCCUCCCCGGAAUGCCUUGCUUUCAAACUCAGCGCAGACAGAAAUUUUGGCUGCCAUACUUUUCCUCAUUAUUUGCUGGCUCAUCCGAGACAGUCUUAACGUGAAAGAUCUGAAUGGAAAGCACGUCUUCAUAACUGGAUGUGACAGUGGGUUUGGAAACUUGCUGGCUAAACAGCUUGACCAAAGGGGAUUCCAUGUCAUUGCCGCAUGUCUAAUAGAAAAGGGAAGCCGUGAACUACUAGCCUGCACAUCCCUCUCACUGAAGACUGUGAUCCUGAACUUAACUGACUCCAGCAGCAUUGCCAACGCAGUGGAGUUUGUGAAACAAGAGACAGAUGGGGAGGGCCUCUUUGGCUUGGUAAAUAAUGCUGGAAGAGCAACGCCGAUGGCACCCACCGACUGGAUGCAGAUAGAUGAUUUUCACACAAUUCUGGAUGUUAAUCUGAUGGGGUUGAUUGAAAUCACCCUGAAGCUUCUCCCGCUUUUGAAAAAGGCUAAAGGAAGAGUAAUCAACGUUGCCAGUGUUAUGGGUCGCUUGGCGUUUUUAGGUGGUGGCUACUGUUUGUCAAAGUGGGGAGUGGAAGCUUUCUCAUACAUCUUACGGAGAGAUAUGCAGCAUUUUGGAGUGAAGGUGAGCAUAAUUGAGCCGGGAUGCUUUAAGACUGGAGUAACCAGUUCAGAGGUCAUUGAGAGAGACCUGCUAAGACUUUGGAACCAACUAACUCCUGAGGUCAGAGAAUCCUAUGGAGAUAAAUACUUUGUUGAGUAUAUAAGAGCUCAAAGAUUUUCAAUGAAAAGAUUGUGCGACUCUGACAUUUCUAAAGUCACAAAAUGCAUGGAGCAUGCCUUGAUAGCAAAAUACCCCAGGACACGCUAUGGAUCUGGAUGGGAUGCAAAGUUCUUUUGGCUGCCCCUCUCCUAUGCACCAACCCUUCUAUCUGAUAUGAUGUUGCGUAUGUUGCUUCCAACUCCAGCAGCCAGUAGGAAAUCACUAUCCAGAGUUCCACUUGAUGUUUAA